AAGCAACGGCUGAAAGCUAGGUGGUGGGAGAGAACCUGGCAUGGGGGAGGGUUCCACAUCCACCUCCAGAGAGCCAAUGCCACCAAAAACUCUUGGUCCCUCCCGUCACCUUUUGGCACCAAACUUAAAACCUCUUUCAUGGUACCACUUAGAUCAGAAAUUUGAAAUUUCCUUCCCAUGCUUGUGCUAAUUGUCCUAGCUGAACUACAGCUUCUUCAUUCCAUUCUGGGCUCUCAGAUGUUGCCAACAGGGUUGCUCAUUCUUACAGCUCUUUGGAAAGUGGGUUGUGGUGAGAAUUAGAAACAGGAAGGCAUUUUGCUAGUUUAUCUGACAUCACUACUAAUGUUGAAGGAGCAAAACCUCCCAUUCCUGAAGAAUGGAGACUUCACUCAGCAGCGUUGACAGCAACCCCCCAAACCUGACUGAGCCAUCUGAGAGCAGCAGACCCCAAGACCUGACCGAGCCGUCUGAGGGCAUUGGACCUCAAGAUCUGACUGAGUCGUCUGAGAGCAGCAGACCCCAAGACCUGACUGAGUCAUCUGAGAGCAGCAGACCCCAAGACCUGACUGAACCAUAUGAAAGCAUUGGACCCCAAGACCUGACUGAGCCAUAUGAAAGCAUUGGACCCCAAGACCUGACUGAGCCAUAUGAAAGCAUGGGACCCCAAGACCUGACUGAGACAUCUGAGAGCAGCAGACCCCAAUUCCUGACUGAGACGUCUGAGAGCAGCAGACCCCAAUUCCUGACUGAGACGUCUGAGAGCAGCAGACCCCAAUUCCUGACUGAGACAUCAGAGAGCAGCAGACCCCAAUUCCUGACUGAGACGUCUGAGAGCAGCAGACCCCACGACCUGACUGAGCUGUCUGAGAGCAGUAGGCCUCAAGACCUGACUGAUCCAUCUGAGAGCAGCAGACCCCAACAGAGCAGGAAACUGGAGAUACGGCUGGAGUUACCAGAGCAGCAGGAAGGGGAGGGGCAGCUUCUGACAUCCCCCUCUUAUUCCUCAGGAAGGAGUACAACAGAAUGGGGGGAUGAACUAUCCACCUUUCUUUCCACUGAGCCAAGUACAUCCUCUCACAUCUCUCUUAGCUCAACCGACAAACUCCAAGGACUCUCAGAUACAGAAACAACACUGGAGAUAUCACAGCUGCAGUCUGAGGAGGAGCCCUCCUUCCCCAUAUGGAAGAAGACAAAAUGGCAUGAGAUACCUAGCUGUCAUGUCCCAGUGUGCCGGCAAUCCUUCCACGACUGUUGCUGUGUCAGUAUAACUGAGCAGCUGAUCAAGCUCAGCCCAGUGCAGCUUGCAAAGGCACCAUUUCCCAAAGGCUUCAGUCAGAAACAGCACAAAAGAAAUGAGGUCUCUUCCUCCACCUCUGAGAAUGUGCUAAAGCAGAAAUUUCCUGCCUCCAUACAGAAGAAAAAGGCACACUUCAAGGUCUGGCCACCAAGGACUUCUUCAUCUCUCUCAUGCAAAGGAAGUGACAGGCGUUCGGGCAGGAGGAGUAAAGCUUUGUACAAUCUCUAUACAACCUUCUACGAUGUGGGGGAAGAGUAUGACCCGUGUUGUGAUCUGCGAGAAACAGAUACCUCUUACACUUCAGGGAUCUCCAGGGCUUGCACCAUUUUCGGUUCCAUGAGGAAGGGAAGGAUUAAUGUCAGCAAGCUCCUCCUCACCUUACACACUCUGGGGAUCAUGAUGACGUCUGCUCAGAUGGCUCAGGCUCUCAAGUUCACUGCUGUGGAUGCUCAUGGGAAUCUGAACUUCGCUGACUUCUUGGAUGCUGUGGAUGAUACUCCACCAUUCACUGGAACAAAGGCUCUCAGGAACACUCGACAAAUUUUCAAAAAAAUUCAAAAGGACAUGGUGCUUAUUGAGGACUUGGAGCCCAUCUUGGAAUGUCUAGGAGUCACCCUGAGCCGCAGGAUUAUAGAACGGGCACUGAGAUGCAUUCGGGUUACCUGGGAUGGGAAACUGAACAUCUCAGAUUUCCUGUUAACAGUAAAAGGACCACCAUGUCACCAUCAAGGAAUAGCAUCCUUAAAUGAAUAUGCCACUUUGGAGAGUGGGUCUAAUAGGGGUGAUUCAGAGCUUACAUGGAGAAGAAAACUGGGUUCAUUUGAUGAAGAUAUACCUAUUCACUUUCACCUGUCUCCCCAUGUCACAUUCUAUGGUGUAGAUGAAGAGAUUACUCUUGAGCAAUUGCAGAGGGAGAUAUGUAAAUCCCAGAGACCUGUUGAGCUGGAAAGACCCAGCACUGCACCCCCACUGAGUCCUGCAGAGGAGGAGAAGGGCAAAGACCGUCAUGUCAUAGAUUGGCCAAAAGUCAAACCAAACUUUGGCUAUACAAGUCAGGACACGCUGUUUCCAAUAAGCUCCACCCUGUCCUCUAAACAAGAGGUUAAGAAGUUUGGCCAGGAGCCAAAGUUGCCACUGAGUGUGGCCCAAGCAGAUACUCCUCUCUCAGUUGUUCAGAUGACUGUCAACUACAACACUUUCGAACAAAAGAAGAAGAAGAAGAAGUUGUCUUUCCAGAACAAGUUCCCGAGGAGGUAUGAGCGUGAGGAAACUGCACACUAAGAAACAAAUUCCAGGAGCUUUAGAAGUGAAGUCAGGGAAGGAUCAGAAAGGCCCAAUCAGCUGAGCAGUCACCCAAAGUGGAUCCUAAAGUGUCAUCCAUCCCAGUGCAACACACACUUGAGCUUGUACAUGUCUGAUCAGGUGAACUGUAAAAGGCAUUUACAUGACCAUUAAAUUCAGGUGCCCAUCA